AUGGAUUUUAUUAUGGUUAAAAUUAUGGCUAAGGUUAAGCUCGUACAAUAGGAGGAUAUUAAUUCGAAAAAGGCGGCAUAAUAAUAUUCUCUUGAUUUAUUGGAACUUAAAUAGAGUUCAAAUGUGUAAUAUUUGAAUUUGGAAAUGUUGUAAGAUGGGACUAAUGUGAGAAAAUUUAAGGAUGAGGAAAUAUUAUUUGAUCCUUUAAGGGAUGCUGAAAUUAUGAGCUCUUCUUCAGGUAGUGAUUCAUAAGAUUUUUUUCGAAAACCUUAAAAAAUUUCAGAAAAAUAAGAAGACAAUGAUUAAAUGAUUAAAUUAUGCUCAGAUUAAAAUAAGACAGUCUAUAUAAUAAGUAAAGCUCCAAUGGAUAUUUUAGAAGAGUAUUUUGGAGAAAUAAGCAAUUGUAUAUUUAUAUCUAAUAAUGGACAAAAAAUAAAAGAAAAUGAAAACGUAAUUACUUUGACUAAAAUAUAUGAACAUUUGUUAUGGAAACCAUAUGUAAUUAAAAUUAUGGAAAAUUUUGCUAAUAAAACAGACGGAAGCUAUGUCCUUGAUUUUGAUGUUGAAACCGUUUGGAAUUGUUCUAAAUGUGAAAAAGUAUAUGCUAAAGUUCAAAAAAAAGAACAUAUUAAAUUAUUAAUGCAAAUUAUUGAUAGUAUGCCCAGUAAUUAAAUUCUUGAAGGCGAAGAUUUCUUACUAGUAAGGCCUUGUUGUUUAAAUAAAGUCACUAUGGUGAAAAUGGCAAUCAAAAAUAGCUUUUAAUAAAAAGGAUGUAUUCGUUUUAUUAGGCUCUAAAUCUGA